AUGACCCUGGAGGUCAGAUUGUUGCAACUGGUCAAUGAUGAUCAGUUGUGUUACGUCAUCGGAUCAGAAACACAGACAACCGCCUUGCGAAUAAGUAUCCUGGACGCUGUCUGUUUACUUCAAACUGCACUCAAUUCGUCCGAGGAAGUAGAUAAUCGUUUGGUUCAAUUGCAGUUUUCACUCCAGUCUCCCGUCGCUUUACUGAUCUCGGCCGCUUUGGUGGAUGAGGAAAGUUCCGGCUCUGAGGCGUUAUUCGAACCCGGGUUACGUCUAUGGCGUAGCAUGGUGACUGGUCCGCAAGCCACAUGGUGUCCCGCAGUUGCAAGCAUUUUCCCCCUCCUGGUGGGUGCUCAAGAAAAGAGUCAACCAGUGGGUGAUGCUAGGUCCCUGGAUUCCACUCGAGAACCGUUAAUAAAUCGGUUGGAUUCGGCUGAACAAGCAGAGUUGUUUUUCAGUAUCGCUGAACGAUAUCUAAAUUUGGUCAAUCGAACCGACUCCGAUACCAAAUGGAGUUUCCUCUCGCGAUGGACCGAACCAUUCUGGACUCCGGUACUGGAAGCGGCUAUUCCAAAAACGCGUUCCGGGUCCGGGGCAGAUCAGGUCGGUUUGGGAUAUCUGUAUUCAAAUGCCGCCUCAUUGAGUGGUGAUGAUGACUCACAACAAGACUCGGAAUCUCAGUGCCGGUGA